AGCCUUUGUCCUUCAGUGGCUGGGAGGCAGUGGCCGAUAGCGCUGGGUGGGCGGCGAAACUCGGGUGCUCGGAUCCGGCCGGGCCAGCGAGCAGGGCGGCUGCGCGGGGCGCGGGGGACGGCGGCGGGCGCUGGGGAGGCGGAGAGCGCGCGCAGAGAGCAGGCGCCCGCGAGCCCGCGGUGGCCGCAGCAGCCCGCACGCCGCUGUCUCUUUGGGGAGGGACCUGCAGUUGCAAUAUGACUUUGGAAGAAUUCGCGGCUGGAGAGCAGAAGACCGAAAGGAUGGAUAAAGUAGGGGACGCCCUGGAAGAAGUGCUCAGCAAAGCCCUGAGUCAGCGUACCAUCACCGUGGGGGUGUACGAGGCGGCCAAACUGCUCAACGUCGACCCUGACAACGUGGUGCUCUGCCUGCUGGCGGCCGACGAGGACGAUGACCGGGACGUGGCUCUACAGAUCCACUUCACUCUGAUCCAGGCCUUCUGCUGCGAGAACGACAUCAACAUCCUCCGCGUCACCAAUCCCGGGCGGCUGGCCGAGCUCCUGUUGCUGGAACCCAAUGCCAGCCCGGCGGCCGGGGAGGGCGCCCAGCAGCCCCCAGACCUGCACUGCGUGCUGGUGACGAACAUGUCUGAGCACGUCGGAGGGCUGCCAGCAGCGGAAGAGAUCCUUAAUCCACACUCAUCACAAUGGAAGGAUCCCGCCUUAAGUCAACUUAUUUGUUUCUGCCGGGAAAGUCGUUACAUGGAUCAGUGGGUUCCAGUGAUAAAUCUCCCUGAACGGUGAUGGCAUCUGAAUGAAAAUAACUGAACCAAAUUGCACUGAAGUUUUGAAAUACCUUUGUAGUUACUCAAGCAGUUCCUCCCUAUACUGAUGCAAGGAUUACAGAAACUGAUGUCAAGGGACUGAGUGAGUCCAACUACAUGUUCUGGGGGCUCAGAGAUAGAUGACUUUGCAGGUGGAAAGAGGUGAAAAUGAAGAAGGAAGCAGUGUGGAAACAGACAUACAAGUCAUAAGGCACCAAAAUUACAGAGAACCAUACAGGAAGGAAAACAAACAAUGCUAUUAAUUUAGGAUGGUUGAGUUACACUUCAAUAAACCAAAUAUGCUUUGUUCAGGUUUAAACGUGUGGCAGUAGUUUGGGAACUUUUGGUUUCUAUGCCCUCAAGUAAAAGACACAGAAAGGGUUCAUCAUUUUAAGACCAUAUUUUAUUGUAUUUUGAUGAGAUGUUAAAUGCUCAAAAGUUUUAUUAUAAAUUGUACUAAGUUAUUUUAUGACAUGAAAAGUUAUUUAUGCUAUGAAUUUUUGAAACAAUACCUACAAUAAACUGGUAUAGAAUAAUUGCA